AUGGCGGGGGACUAUACGAUAUCCGAAGAAAAGAUCUUUAAACAGAGGCUUGCAAGGUUUAGAGUUUGUGCACUGAGAAAGAAACUAAGGGAGUGUUCCGGCGACAUCGAGGAGUCAUCUCCGUCCACCUUUGACAUUCAGAGGAAGCUCGUGAAGAUCGGUUUCACCGCCGCUUCCUCCGGCACGGUUCAGUCCUAUUUCUCUCCAAUUUCCCCUUCCUCUGCCGUUGAAUUGGAGAGAAAAUGUGAAUGGAAUUGGAGUGUACAUUCCCGCGUUUUGCGUGUUGCGGAUUUGAUUCUAAUAGUCGUAGUUGUGGGCGGAGCAGUAUUUAUUGCAGGUGGUGUAGCUGCCGCAGCUGCUCCGCAGAAGGUGCUGGAGAAGCUCCCCGGCUGCAGAGAAGAAAGAAGAAAAAGUUGA